GUAGCGGUGGUCACAUGACUUGCAGCGGUCGAGCGGAGGCUAGCCUGUGUUUCCCGAAAGCUAAGUGAGGAUAACCAUGCCCACCACGCAGCAGUCUCCACAGGAUGAGCAGGAGAAGCUCCUCGAUGAGGCCGUCCAGGCUGUCAAGGUCCAGUCCUUCCAGAUGAAGCGUUGUCUGGACAAGAACAAGCUCAUGGAUGCCUUGAAGCAUGCCUCCAACAUGCUGGGGGAGCUGCGGACCUCAAUGCUUUCUCCAAAGAGCUACUAUGAGCUAUACAUGGCCAUCUCCGAUGAGCUGCACUACCUGGAGGUCUACCUGACGGAUGAGUUUGCCAAGGGCCGAAAGGUGGCCGACCUGUAUGAGCUGGUCCAGUAUGCGGGGAACAUUAUCCCUAGACUGUACCUGCUGAUCACCGUGGGUGUGGUCUACGUUAGGUCAUUCCCCCAGUCGCGCAAGGACAUCCUGAAGGACCUAGUGGAGAUGUGCCGGGGGGUCCAGCACCCUCUUCGGGGGCUGUUCCUGAGGAACUACCUGCUGCAAUGUACCCGAAACAUCCUACCUGAUGAUGGGGAGCAACUAGAAGAAGAGACUACCGGCGACAUCAAUGAUUCCAUCGACUUUGUGCUGCUGAACUUUGCGGAGAUGAACAAGCUAUGGGUGCGCAUGCAGCACCAGGGCCACAGUCGUGACCGUGAGAAGCGUGAGAAGGAGAGGCAGGAGCUGCGCAUUCUGGUGGGCACCAACCUGGUGCGGCUCAGCCAGCUCGAGGGCGUUAAUGUGGACAAGUACAAGCAGGUUGUGCUCCCUGGAGUCCUAGAGCAGGUGGUCAACUGCCGUGACUCCUUAGCUCAAGAGUACCUCAUGGAAUGCAUCAUCCAGGUUUUCCCUGAUGAGUUUCACCUGCAGACGCUGAAUCCCUUCUUGCGGGCCUGUGCAGAACUGCACCAGAAUGUCAAUGUCAAGAACAUCAUCAUCGCCCUUAUUGACAGACUGGCUCUGUUUGCGCAUCGAGAAGACGGCCCCGGAAUUCCAGCCGAUAUUAAAUUGUUUGACAUUUUCUCACAACAAGUAGCUACAGUCAUCCAGUCUCGCCAGGACAUGCCAUCGGAGGACGUGGUCUCCCUGCAGGUGUCCCUCAUCAACCUGGCCAUGAAGUGCUAUCCAGACAGAGUGGACUACGUGGACAAAGUCCUGGAGAGCACGGUGGAGAUCUUCAACAAGCUCAACCUGGAGCACAUUGCGACCAGCAGUGCUGUCUCCAAGGAGCUGACGCGUCUCUUGAAGAUCCCCGUGGACACGUACAACAACAUCCUCACUGUGCUACAGCUCAAGCACUUCCCGCCUCUCUUCGAGUACUUCGACUACGAGUCGCGCAAAAGCAUGAGCUGCUAUGUGCUGAGCAACACGCUGGACUACGGUACCGAGAUCGUGGCGCAGGAGCAGGUGGACGCCAUCCUCAACCUGGUGUCGACCCUCAUCCAAGAUCAGCCGGAUCAACCUGCCGAGGACCCGGACCCUGAGGACUUCGCUGAGGAGCAGAGCCUGGUUGGCCGUUUCAUCCACUUGCUGCACUCAGAGGACCCAGACCAGCAGUACCUGAUUUUAAACACAGCCAGAAAGCACUUUGGAGCUGGCGGGAACCAGCGCAUUCGAUACACACUGCCGCCGCUGGUUUUUGCCGCUUAUCAGCUGGCUUUUCGCUACAAAGAUAACUCCAAAUCGGAUGACAAGUGGGAGAAGAAGUGCCAGAAAAUCUUCUCCUUUGCCCACCAGACCAUAAGCGCCCUCAUCAAAGCAGAGCUUGCAGAGCUGCCCCUGCGACUCUUCCUGCAAGGGGCCCUGGCUGCAGGCCAGAUUGGCUUUGAGAACCACGAGACGGUCGCUUACGAGUUUAUGUCACAGGCCUUCUCUCUGUAUGAGGAUGAGAUCAGCGACUCCAAAGCCCAGCUUGCAGCCAUCACUCUGAUUAUCGGCACUUUUGAGAGGACUCGCUGCUUCAGCGAGGAGAACCACGAGCCACUGAGAACGCAGUGUGCACUGGCUGCUUCCAAGCUGCUCAAGAAGCCUGAUCAGUGCAGAGCCGUCAGCACCUGCGCCCAUCUCUUCUGGUCCGGCCGAAACACAGACAAGAAUGGAGAGGAGAUUCGCGAUGGCAAACGUGUCAUGGAGUGCCUAAAGAAAGCAUUGAAGAUUGCCAACCAGUGCAUGGAUCCCUCGCUGCAAGUCCAGCUCUUCAUUGAGAUCCUGAACAGAUACAUUUACUUCUAUGAGAAGGAGAAUGAAGCGGUGACCAUCCAGGUCUUGAACCAACUUAUCCAGAAGAUCCGGGAGGACAUCCCGAACCUAGAGGCGAGUGAGGAAACGGAGCAGAUUAACAAGCACUUCCACAACACACUGGAGCACCUAAGACUCCGGAGAGAGUCCCCCGAGGCCGAUGGUCCCAUUUAUGAGGGUUUAGUCCUCUAGGUGGAGGUGCUGCACCCUCAGGCCCUUACCGUAAAUCCUCGGUGCAGGGAUCAGCGGUCCAACACAGGCCCCGACUCUCUCCAGGGGCCGUCUCUCCUUUUGUUCCCACUCUCCAUCCAAUCUGUCUGUCUUGCUUAUGGCAACCUUGAUUCUGUAGCUGUUUUCAAGGUUUUCGUUUUCUUUCACACAUUGUAUGCCUUUCGAGGUAUCGGGGUCACAACAUUCACGCAAUCAUUCCUAUAUCAUGAUUUUUGAUGAAAGCAGUCAGUCGAAGAGCGAGGUGCGAGCUGGCAGGUCUCUCCUAGCCUGUCGCACACGUCCCGUUCACCAGACUGACUCAACUCUGCCGUUAAUCAUGGGACGGGCUUCAGUUCUGACCCAGUGACCUACCUACAUGCAUUGUGUGGUCCUGCUUCUGUGUUUUCUGUGUGUACUGUAAUGUAGGUGUCUGUGUGGAGGCAGCAGUAGGUACAGCGCAUAUCUCGUAUGUGAUGACACACAUUUUCCUGUCUGCUUUUCUUCGGGGUGCAAGCUGUGAUCACUGGUGGCUUAUGGUUGUCAGUGGAAGAAGCCCACAUUUGCUGAGGGGGUCUUGAUAUUUUGCUCUCUGUGUGCGUGCGCGUGCAUGUAUGGAUGAAUAAUUUGGGGGAUAAAUAUUUUUUCCGAAGAACUCAAGUUCUGUUUGCGCCCGUUUUACUGGAGAGAAAAGCUACUUUAGAACAUAAUUCAAAGAACCUUGAUGAAUUUUGCUAUGAAAAAUUUAGCGUUUGUUAAUUUCCUCAUUUUGAGUUAUUGAUCUGUUAUAUGCAUAACCUGUAGGAUUGUUGAUCUAUAUUGUACACAUAACUUAAAUGUGAAUCUGUAGAAGCAAAUCCGAAAUCCUUUGCACAAAUAAACAGAUUGCUACUGACCAUGUUUUACUGUAACAUGCUUAAAUCUCUCCAGGGAAGGUGUAUUAGUUGAAAUACAGAUCCAGUUCUAUUUUGCGUCUUGCACUCUUAAGAAUAUUGUCAUCGCGGAUGGAAUUUGAAUAUGAAUAGAGAGCCAUGAAUUGAGUUUGGCUUGUUUUAGUUCUGAAAGGUGAUUCUGGACAGUUUCCUUCUUGCUUUUGCUCUCAUAGCAGUCUGAACAUGUUGCUUCUUUUAGGGUUGUCCUAUAAAUACUAACAUGCAUUUAAUUAAAAAAUGUUAUGGGAAUUGAAUUAUGUUAGUCUUGAGCUCAAAGGCAUCAAACUGAAAAUGGGCUUAUUACCAUCAAGAAAGUGUACAGAAAUGUUUUUUUCUCCUUAGACACUCAACGUGUUUGUUUCGAAUUCCGUCAUCAAGCUGUUCUUUCCACUUGGAAAAUAAAAGCGGUAAA